AUGGAAAUAACGCCCGAGCACCCUCAUUCAUUGCAACUUGGCGUGUCUUCACAAGACGACAUGAAACCAUCAUUUUUAAAGUUGCCGCAUGCGAACAAAAAGCGGACCGUGACAAGAGCGCCACCUUUUUCUAGAAAUCAUCUUAGUCCAAUAAGCGAAAAAAGUCCGCACAUGAUGUUUUAUGAGGAAUGCUGUGAUAUUGUGGUUACAAAGACUGACAAUGAGACGUUUCGACCUCGAGCCAACGCCGAAGACCAUAUCAAACGCAAGCGAUGGGACGAAAUAUUAGGCGAAAUCGAUAGAGAAAUAGCCCAGCUGAGACCGCCACGUUCGACAUCGAAAAAUGGAAACAGAACUGCUGAUUCAUCAGAAUCUCAAGCAGUGCUCGAUGACUCCUACGAGGACUUGCUUUCCAUUGAAAAGCUGGCGACGAAUCAGUUGAAGAAGAAACUUCUGAGAUAUCAGCAUUAUCUGAAGAAGUGA